AUGGCUCCAAAAAGGAAGUAUAACAAGAAAAAUACGGCUACUAGCCAGAGGGAUACCGUUGACGCAGCAACAGAAGGGGGCACUCAGGCCCAGGCAACCGCCACAGCUAAUGCCGCUGCUACGCCUCCCAAUACUUCGGAUGCAGAUGUUAGAGGAGCUAUUCAGCUGCUCACUCAAAUUUUGGCAAAUCAGACUCAGCGACAAGAAACGGCCCCUAGCUCAGGUGCUAGUAGUGGGUCAAACAGUUCUAGAACUCAGGAGUUUAUGCGUAUGAAGCCGCCAGUGUCCACAAGGUCAAAGAAGGAGGAAGACCCCCAGAAUUUCAUUGAUGGACUCCAGAAAAUAUUUCGUGUAAUGCAUGCUACUGAUACAGAGGCAGCAGAACUCGGAGCUUUCCAGCUGCAAGAUGUGGCCCAUAUUUGUCAUGGGGGAUCUCAAGGUGAUGGCAACCGUCAGUUUUUUAAGAAUAGGUCAUCAAAACCUGCUCCCUCAAUAUCUAGUGCUCCAUUUCAGAGGUCCAAGUUUAACCAGAAAGGCCGGAACUUCGGAAUGGCAGGCUCACAUUCACAGGCCAGCGUGACCGACCAUGGUUUUCAACACCCUACUUGCAACACUUGUGGUAAGAGACAUUCAGGAGUAUGUCGUUCGGGCAUGGAUGGUUAUUUUGGCUGUGGUCAGCCGGGUCAUUUUCUGCGGGAUUGUUCGUCCGCAAGACAGAAUACCGGAGGUAACAGUAAUGUAGCUCAGACCACAAAUUCAACAGCUCCCCGAAAUUCCUAA